AUGGCAGAGAAAUCACUGCUCAAGUUCCUUUGCUGUCAUGUUUGUUCUGAAAUUUUCAAAGACCCUGUGUCGCUUCACUGCAACCACAGCUUCUGCAAAAUAUGCAUUCAUCGCUUCUGGGAGAAGAAAAAUACCAGAAACUGCCCCGUUUGUAACAGAAGAUCAUCUAUGCCUCAACCUGAUGUGAAUUUCAGCCUAAAGGUGCUCGCAGACUCGUUUGUACAGAGGAAGGAAUCAGGAGCAGGGUCUGGUGGAGCAAUGGAGAGGGUGACAAUGUGCAACAAACACACGGAGAGGCCCAGGUGGUUCUGCGUGGAUGAUAAGAUGGCUUUGUGUGCUCUCUGUGAAUCUCCUGAACAUCAUUCCACUCAUAAUAUAAUCUCUACAGAAGAGGCUGUGUCUGACCUGAAGGGAAAACUCAAAUCAAGCCUUAAACCCGUGCAGGAUCAACUGAUAAAGUGUCAAAAAUUCAAUACCCAAUAUGAAAAAAUUGUGCAAUGUACAAAGAAACAAGUGUUGGCAACAGAAAAACAGAUAAAGGCAGAGUUUGAGAAACUCCACCAGUUCCUGCGAGAGGAAGAGGAGGCCAGACUAGCUGCACUGAGGGAGGAAGAGAAGCUGAAGGGAAAGAUUAUAAUCGAAGAGCUAAAGAAGAUUCAGGACCAGAUCACUUCUCUCUCAGAUAGCAUCAGCAAUGUGGAACAGGAACUGAAAGAACAAGAUAUGCCAUUCUUUAAGACUAUGCACAGAAAAGUUAUCACCAUGAAUUCUGAUAUUCAUUUUAAAAUAACUGCCUUUUUGUCUUUUCAGAAGUACAGCCAGACGUCAGUGAGAGCCCAGUGCACACUGCGGGACCCAGAGCUGCUCUCAGGGGCACUGAUAAAUGUGGCCAAACACCUGGGCAACCUGAAGUUCAGAGUCUGCGAGAAGAUGCUGGGGAUGGUGCAGUACACACCUGUGACCUUGGACCCAAACUCUGCUCAUCCCAAACUUUCUUUGUCUGAUGAUCUAACCAGUGUGAGAUACGCGAAUGUUACGCUGCCACUUCCUGACAACCCAGAGAGGUUUAGCUACUGUGUGAACGUGUUGGGCUCAGAGGGCUUCACCUCAGGGAAACACAGCUGGGAGGUAGACGUGAAGGACAAACCUCAGUGGACCAUAGGAGUGGCUAAAGAGUCGAUCGGCAGGAAGGGACAGGUGACAUGCAGCCCAGCGAAGGGAUACUGGGUUCUGUUGCUGAGGGACGGCGAUCAGUGUUACUCAGCUUCUGGAACACUACUCACCCUUGAGAGGAAACCUCACAGGAUCAGAGUGGAGCUGGACUAUGACAGGGGGGAGGUGUCCUUCUUCGACCCCAGUGACAUGUCACACAUUUACACAUUUGUGGACACUUUUACAGAGAGGGUCUUUCCAUAUAUAUCUCCUUGUGGAAAUGAAGAUGGCAGACUUGCUGGGAGCCAGUACCAUGGCAACAAGGAGCAGGGUAAGAUCGUCUCCUGA